GCAAAGCAGCAAGGACAACGCAGCCAACCAUAUCCAGCCAACAUCAAGCCGGAAAAGAAUGCCCGGAAGCGUCGCUCUUCCCCACGGUCCAUAUUCGAUUCUGGUCGUGGUCCUGGCCGUUUCGGGGUGGCUCUCCAGCCUGUGGGGGGGAGACGGGUGCAACUACGCCCUCGUGUCGGGUCCAAUCGUCGAUCAGCUUCACCCGUCGUACACCAAGGAGAAUCCCGUCAAGGUUCUCCAGCUGGGCUUUGAUUCGUACCGGGAACCGGUGCUGCCGGCACAAGAAUCGGCAUCCGAAUCGGACUCAACAUCGGAAUCCGAGGCAUCCAAGCCCCUGGCCAACGCGACGAUCGGGAGCCUGCUGCCCGACUGGCUCACGAGCCGCAACAAAGACAAAGCAAGUGCCAACGCAACGGAACCGGGCGAAGUAACCACCGGGGGGGGAAGCACCGACGCAUCAACCGCGGGCGCAUGCACCGAAUACCCCGAGCAGGUCACCCUCGGAAUCGUCGACUCGAGUUGGAACACGGCCCGCGUCUUUUGCUUCCUAGGCCUCGUCCUGGGCGGGGGUGGGACGGCCUUUCUGGCCUGCAGUCUCUGCGUGGUGUUUUCUAGAGUCACCUGGCGGUGGACGGCCUACGAGCUGCUGGGGGCGGGCCUCUGCCAGACCGUCAGCCUCUGCGGCUGGUUUCGGACCCAGCUCUGUUCCUGGAACGACUGCUCGUUGAGCGAGGGAUCGGUCUCGGACCUUCUCGCAACGGCCCUGUGGGUCGCCUGUGGCCUGCUGAUGGUCGGCUUCUAUCCCCCGGCGUCUUCCUCCCACGGCCAAGCCGUCGGAAGCGGCGAUGCCAGGAGCCCCGGGAAGGCCCGCCACCGCUUUCGCUGCCUGGGAGGCAGCAGGGAGCCGGACCCCCGGGGGGAAGGGAAUCCGUGCAACGGCCACGGCGACAAUGACAGCGACAGCGACAGMCGCAACGAGGACAGGAACCCAAGCAGGAACGAAGACGAGCAGAGAUACGAUGAGAAGAGACGGUACCCUCUGGCAGAAAUCGCCUGAAGGAUCCGUGUGUUCUUGAAUGCAUGACCUAGCGAACCAGAG